AUGGCGCCCCCUGUGUCCCUUCUUGAGGUCAUGGAGCGCGCUCUGUUCCACAUGGAGAACUCGUACAGCGUGUCAAACGUGCGUGGGCGGGGCUUCCUUUGCCGCACCAACCUGCCGUCCAACACGGCGUUCCGGGGCUUCGGGGGUCCUCAGGGUAUGAUGGUGACGGAGAGCUGGAUGACGGACGUGGCCCAGACCCUGGGCCGGUCCGCCGAGGAGGUGCGGCGGUUAAACCUGUACGUGGAAGGGGAGUCCACGCCGUACAACCAGAUCCUGGACCACAUCACGCUGGACCGUUGUUGGGACGAGUGCCUGACCCGGUCAGGGUACCAGGACCGACGGGUCGCCAUCGACCUGUACAACAGGCAGAACCGCUGGACCAAACGCGGCCUCGCCAUCGUCCCCACCAAGUUUGGGAUCAGCUUCACCGCCGUCUUCCUGAACCAGGCUGGAGCUCUGGUUCACAUCUACACCGACGGAUCGGUGCUGCUGACCCAUGGGGGGACUGAGAUGGGCCAGGGUCUGCACACCAAGAUGGUCCAGGUGGCGAGCAGAGUCCUGGGAAUCCCCUGUUCAAAGAUCCACAUCUCAGAGACCAGCACCAACACGGUCCCUAACACCAGCCCCACCGCCGCCUCCGCCUCGUCGGACCUCAACGGGGGCGCCGUGCAGAACGCCUGCGAGACCCUCAACAAACGUCUGCAGCCAUACAAGACCAAGAACCCCAAAGGAUCAUGGGAGGACUGGGUACGAGCGGCGUACUUUGACCGGGUUAACCUCAGCGCUAACGGCUUCUACAGGACCCCAGACCUGGGCUACAGCUUUGAGACGAACUCGGGUCGAGCGUUUAACUACUUCAGCUACGGUGUGGCGUGCUCCGAGGUGGAGAUCGACUGCCUGACCGGAGCGCACAAGAAUCUGAGUACGACCAUCGUCAUGGACGUCGGCCACAGUCUGAACCCGGCCAUAGACAUCGGCCAGGUGGAGGGCGCGUUCAUGCAGGGUCUGGGUCUCUUCACCCUGGAGGAGCUUCACUACUCUCCAAAGGGGGUCCUGCUGACCCGGGGUCCCGGUUCCUAUAAGAUCCCAGCAUUUGGCGACAUUCCCACCCAGCUGACCGUGUCGCUGCUGCGUGACGCUCCCAACGAGAAGGCGGUGUUCGCUUCCAAGGCUGUCGGCGAGCCUCCUCUCUUCCUGGCGGCGUCCGUUUUCUACGCCAUCAAAGACGCCAUCAGUGCUGCCCGGGCCGAAUCAGGGCUCACCGGUCCCUUCAGGUUGGAUAGCCCCGCCUCCGCCGAGAGGAUACGCAAUGCCUGCAGCGACCGAUUCACCAAACUGUGUCCUCCUGCUGAGCCCGGUUCCUUCACACCGUGGUCCGUUCAAGUCUGAGACGUUCACCCAGCCGUGAUCGUCACCGCUGAUCAUCCUUACAGGCCUGCUUUUACUCCGAGGGUCCAGAAAAUCAAAGCUAGCACAGCACCACCAUCACUGAGCACGCUCGCCAUCCAACCAAUGGGAAAGCCAAUCUCUGUUCAUUAUAAAUGAGUUAUAUCACUGUAAAACUUCAUGAUCAGUCUGUUUGAACUUUAAUUCUAGUGAAAAUCAAACCUGAUCGAUGCCUGUGUGCUAUUAAACAGAGGUCCUAUAGCAGUGUAAAGAUUAAAAUCACUGAAAUCAUGGAAUCAAACCUGUGAGCAGAAAGAAUGUGCUAGAGCUACAGAGGCUAACCAAAGAGACAGGCUUUAAAUCAGGGAGAGCUUUUAUUGAUGACUAAGAAUGACUGUACCGCGCAAAUGAAUAAAACUUUCAGGCACA